CGAAGGCAAGCUCACUCGUUCACAUUUCACAUUUCACAUUUCACAUUUCAACACUGUUUUUUCUCUCCUCUCUGCAAUUUGCCGUGUACAAUGUCGGGCCCCCAGUGCUGUGCUAACCCACCUACGUUGAGCCCGAACAGCGGAGUCGGAUCGGUAAUUGAAUUUGGCGGCCUUAAAUCCUACGUGUCCGGCCCUUCCGAUUCCAAACUCGCCGUCCUUCUUGCUUCCGACGUUUUCGGAUACGAAGCUCCGGAAUUGAGGAAAAUAGCUGACAAAAUAGCGGCUGCUGGAUAUUAUGUGGUGGUUCCUGAUUUCUUCAAUGGUGAUCCGUUAGACCCUGACAAUGUCGAGAAGCUUCUUCCAGUCUGGUUAUCACUUCACGAACCAGCCAAAGCAUAUGAAGAAGCUAAACUUGUUAUUGAUGCUCUAAAAAGUAAAGGCAUAACUGCAAUCGGUGCUGCUGGCUUUUGCUACGGCGCUAAGGUGGUUGUGGAACUAGCAAAGUCGAGUGAUCUUAUUCAAGCUGGAGUUUUAUUGCACCCAUCGUUCGUUACUUUAGACGAUGUCAAGGAGGUUAAGGCACCGCUAGCUAUUUUGGGAGCUGAGAUGGACCAAUACACACCGCCAGAGCUUGUCAAACAGUUUGAGGAGAUCUUGUCCUCAAAUUCUGAGGUUGAGAGCUUUGUGAAAAUAUUUCCGGGUGUUGCCCAUGGGUGGACGGUGAGGUACGACUUAGAUGAUGAGAUGGCUGUGAAAUCUGCUGAAGAAGCGCAACAAGAUACGCUCGAUUGGAUUAUGAAGUUUGUCAAGUGAGAAGGGCUGUUUUGCUUCGAACAAUUUGUAUUGAGUAAUGUGUGAAAUAGGACUUGAAUUUUUUAUACAUUCCGAAUAUGUUGUUGUGGUGGCGCUUAUUGUGGUUUUAAUCUCUUCUUACAUUGGUUCAAACCAGUGUAAUCGCGAUACGAGAUAUAACUCCGCAUGUGUAUUGAUUGUACUCAAAUAUCAGUAAAUUUCGCUCGAUAUCGCGAUACGAUACAAUAAUUAAGAUAUUUAUUUAGGCGGUGAUUUGUCCGUUUUCAGCAUCAACACAUUUAAGGAUGAUUUGCGCGAUAUGAUAA